AAUCCGAUGUUUGGGCUACACUCUGGACCUAAUUGGAGAUACAGGGAAUCAUUUGCCACAAAUUCCUCUGCAUAGUGGAGGCACUAUCGCAGACCACGUGAGAGGAAUAUUCAAUGACGGUCCCCGGCAGACCGGUUCAUCUCCUGGCACUCCUCUGCUGCUGACAUGGACUGCUGGACACUGUAUUCUCUCAGCUCCCCACUAACGGACGCGGAGGGAGGGCGAUACUCUUUCUGAAUGUAAUCUGUCGUUUUUUCCUCUUCUUUUUCUGUUAUUUUUUCUUUGAUUUCUUCUACAAGUCGCACAGUUAGGGGAGGGGAUGGCUUGGCCGUGCAUCAGCAGAGUGUGCUGCCUGGCUCGCUUCUGGAACCAGUUCGACAAAUCGGACCUCUCCGUCCCGCUCACCAUCCAGAACUACUCGGACAUCCCGGAUCAUGAGGUGCGCUCCAUCACCAAACAGGUCUCCGCCUCGGAGCGCGCACCCGGGAAUAAGUACGCUACCCCGGACCCGCGUGGCCCCUCUCAUGCGCCCAGAGAUGGCCCGGGGACCCGAGGAUCCCUCAAGGCACGGAAGGAGCAAAGUUACAAGCCCCGGGAGGAGUAUCACCCACCCGGAGUGCCUUUCAACAGUGUGACCCAGUACAAGCAGGAUUUCAAACCUUGGCCCAUUCCCAGGAAGGAGAAUUUCCCUUGGAUUAGUAACGGGGGCAGCAGGGCAGACAGUGCUCCGGACAGCCCGGAGAACGGGUACCACAGCCAGGCACACCCGGGGGAGGGCGAGGAGCGGGGCAGGGGGCAGAGGGGGGCAGACCCCCAGGGGGUGGAGGAGAGCAAAACCAGCUCCUACAGGCAAGAGUACAGGCAGUGGACCGGGGUGAGACCAGCCAAAAGUGCGAGGAAAAAUCCUUCAACUCAGUACUCCAGCCCGGGGACAGAGGCCACUAACGUCCCACGUGAGACUAGCUACCAGGCUGCCUACAGUGGGGACGUCCCGUCUAUAGGGCUGCAUCAUAAGGAGCAAAAUAUCACAUCUGCUGCCCCCAACGUACACCCUGCUGGUGGCCCCCAGCACAUCCCCACUGCCCUGCCAGCUGGUGGUUCACCCACCCCCUCCAGCCUCCACCUGAGCGAGGCAGAGGAUCAUCUGGUGAGGACCAAGUUCCCUCCAAACUCUUCAGCUCUCUUUCAAAGCGGGCCGAGGGUCUUCAACAUCUGACAGCUGCUCCGAUUUCCAACCGUUCCUCUUUGAUCAUUUUAAGAAAUCAAGGGGAAUGAUUUGAGUCCAUUCCACAACACAAGAAUCUAUGCAAGGGAAUGUAUAAUGUUGUGAAUCCUGUGGAGCUGCAGUGCCACGACCCGAGUGGAGACAGACAGACAGACCCUUUUACACUCCUACGACCCCUGUUGCUAUGAAAAAUAAUAUGCAUGUUAGAACGUUUUUUUUGCGGUUAUAGAUGCACAAGAAACUGGCUGCUGUGUGUGUGUGUGUGUGUGUGUGUGUGUGUGUGUGUGUGUGUGUGUGUGCACCUGCUGAUUUGUCCUUUAGUUGUACAUAAUGUUGGGUCUGCUACAGUAACGAAUGACAUCACUAAGUGUGUAUGCUUACGAGUACUUUCUUGCCCUUUUGGUGUUCUGCUAGAAAACAAGUUAUUUAUUUCCCUAGUUAGUUUACCAUUUUGAGAAAGUAUUGUUCAGUCUAUUAUUUUGUAAAUCUAUUGUUAAAGAAAAAAAUGAUGUAAGUGAAAUUACAAUAAAAGAAUAUAAGGUUAUUAGCACUUUC